AUGAAACACCACUCACAGGAGUUGUUUGAACUCUGCACGGACACAAAGUCUAUACCACGCCGGCGUACCCGAAGUGUUAGUCCUCCUGCAGCCCGAACAAAUCAACGUCCCAAAUCUGGCGGUCGAGAUGAGUUAUGGGACCCAUGGCCGGACGGUGACUUUGAAAAGUUAUUCACAUGGGAGGAGGUAUUACGAACUGAUAAUCUUAGUGAACAUUGGGCUUGUCAGCCAGGAGGAGGAGACAAGAGGGGGUCAGAGUCAGCACUCGCGUGGUCGCAAGGUAAAAAGACGAGACGCGUUUGCCUGGGUGUCAUUACUUGUGAUGAACCUACCUGUGAGGUAGUCACACGUCCGCAGACCCGCCGGGCUGGUAUCAUGGGACAACUCAAUGCAUCGUGCCUUUGUGGUAGUCAGCUCAAGCACAUCGACUGCGGUGUCACAUCAGUGUUGUAUUCAUUCAAAGGAGGCGUCUACUACAUUCACAAGGGCAUUCACCACCAUCCGAAACAAACUCACAUCUUGCAUCUAUCUCGUGACGAGCGGACAAGAUUCGAACAAAUUGUCUUCGAAAAUCCUGCUGCUGGCCCUGCAGCAUUAAUUGCUGGUCGUAACAGCCUUACUGGUACCCGUGAAUCUGUUGCAACGAUCUCCACAGUGCUUCUCAACCAGGACCGUGUCAAGGCCGAGCUGCAAGCACUACGGGGCAAGUCCACUCGGAACUUCGUUGAUGACUUCGCAGAAUUCCAGAAGAACCAUCCAGGAUAUGUUUUGUAUUCUCAAUUCGAAGCAGUGACUGUCGUUGUUGUUCAAACUCAAUUCAUGGUGUCGCAACUGGUGACCGACUUCAUCGAGGACGAGGCUGUGAAUGGCAUUGUUUCGGAUGCAGCACAUGGAUUUUGGUACUCAUCUAAGGAUCUUCUUAUAAUUAGUUCGACAUAUUCUGCUUUGCUCGCAUGCUGGGUACCCGGACUCAUGACCUAUGCAAAUGGAGGUUCAGCCGAGCACUACCGAUUACAUUUUCUUGUCCUUUUCAACUCCAUGGCAGAUGAAUGCGAGAAGCACGGGCGUGAAGUCAAUGAUGAAUUGUUUGGCAACGUUGUUGACUUCAGCGAGGCUGAACGAGUUGGGUUUACUCAAGCAUUCAUUAUGUUCUGGACCAAUCGCGAGGAUUCACGUUCUCAGGCUGAACUUGAAGAUGCAGCAGGAGCACUCCUCAAAGGCUGUCAGCAGCAUUACCGGUCUCAGGUCACACGUGUCAAAAAAAUCAGUGGAGUUAUUGACCCUGCCAAAGCGGACAACUUUCAGAGUCGUGCCCUGGCCCUGCUGUUGGUCUUGGAUAUGGACACUUUCAAGCAAAAGGUUGCAUCCCUUUUACGAGACUACCCCAAGACAAAGCCAUGGCUGGAGUGGUGGCUUCGUGACAGCCAUGCCCAGAUGCUGUUUCCUCCUUUUCAGAAGAUGAAAACGGGUCUAUUCCAGGCAAUGCCAGACUCCACUAAUGCAGAAGAAGCGAUGCACGCAAAGUUAUAUGCCACAGUUGGCAAGCGCUACAACUUGAUGGAGGGGCUGCUUUGUUUGCAGGUUUUUAUGGAAAGUUUUCAACUACGUGCAGCUGGCCGAAGUGUGGGUGCUCCAAUUCGCUACGGAGCAGCCAAGAGCUGGCAAACCAAUCUACAAAUACAUGGUCGUACUCAUCCAGAAAGAGCACCACGAUCACAUCGGUCCAAGUCCAGAAAAAAUGAUGGACGCCCUCCUGAUACCUCGCGACAGCUUCUGAGAACCCAUUCAAAAACUCGUGACAAGCAACAGGCUUCCAAAGAAGACUUAGAUUCAGAUUCUGACAAUUCGCUCGACUCCAACAUCUCUAACCAUCCACUGAGCUCGCGCCCCAGUUAUCCCUGGUCUCAAAACUCAUGUUGGCUUGAUACAUGCCUGGAGCUCAUGUUCAUUACCAUACACCCUCACUUUUAUACUGUCUUCCAGCCACGCUUCCUUGGAAUCCGCGAGGAACAUCCCUUAUGGGCUCUGAAUCAGGUCAUGAAAGUUCGUAUGAGCAUUGAUCAGACAUCUAAUGCAUCUCGUAUCUUGACGACUCAACGUGAUGGGUUCCGCAAGAAUCUGAGGGCCACACGAAUCAUCAAGGAUAUAUCAAGUGCGGACGGAGUAUUUGGCUGGCUAGGAAGGGCAUUCCGACUACUGCUGCACAAGAUGCCACCUGAAGAGACGUACCUUGCUCGCACUUUCUUCGAGGCCCAGAUCAUAGACCUGCGAUUUUGCUCUGGUACUUCAGGAGGACCAAUGCACUGGCAAAUACCACGUCAACCGCACCCCAAGUGUCAUUUUCAGCUUGAUGUCAAACUCUCAGCUCAGUACAAGGGCGAUCUAGCUGCUUGGUUUCGUGAUCUCAUUCGCGUGAACAAGGAGGCCACUUCUAAGACUUAUUGCUGGCGAACUUUGGAUGCACAGGUUUUAUGUGACGGCUCCUCCAAUUUCAUCACUUUGUAUCUUGGAAUUCCUGUGAUGUUGAUAGUCGAGUUUGGUGAUGUCCUCCAUCGCGAUAACAAAUGGAACAUUCCCAAGCACAUAAGGCCUCUCACAAAAGAAGCCGAAGAACAGCAUUCCCUCGUUUACGACGUGGUUGGCCUUGCCUUUUGUGACCCUACACCAAAGCUGGCACACUUUAUUACUCGCUACUCACUGGAUGGCAAGAGGGUCUACCAUUAUGAUGACCUUUCUCAUGGAGGAUAUGCACAAUUGUUGAAGAAUGCAACUGUCAAGAGCCAUCUUGUGGGCAAUUUGCACGACAUCCCGGCACCAGGAGGCUUCAAUUUCCGUAACAUCAAUGUUCAUGGUGUUGUGUAUAGGCUACGUGGUGGCUCUGAUGCGCAGAACUUCUUUGCUGAACAUCAAAUAGCAGCCGCAGAACGUUUGCAUCAUGUUCAUGUCAAACGUGACCUGCAGUCGCCAGGUUCAAUUCCUAUCAUUUCUUUGUCUCGCACUGCAGUGGCUGCUGUUGAUCCAGACAAUCUUAUUUGGCUCAAAAACCCUGCAACUACACAGAAUAUAGAAUACGAGCAGGUGCCAAUCGAGGAUCCAUUGGUCCUUCAGGCAUCUGGCAAUGAAGAGGAAUCACUGUCCACAUCUGAGAUAAAGAAACCAUUAGAGCUGGACGACGGAGAGAGUGAAGCAUCUGACUAUACAUUUGAUUGUAGGUGUGGGGCUCUUGGCAACGGCCAUGAAGUUGCAGGUGGUCAAAAGACAAUCCGAUGUGAUCUGUGUGAAAAUUGGUCACACAUUGCUUGUCAGAGAGGUGGCCGAGCCAGCAAUCUUCAUCCAAAGGCAGCAUUUUAUUGCGAUGGAUGCUCAACACAGGAGUCAAAAGCACCACCAACUCGCAAGAGCAGCAGGAAAGCCACAACAAAGAAGAAAACGGCUCCACUUCACACACGUCUGAUCGCCGGCAAAGGAGCUCUGGCUCGUCUCGGGAAGUAUUGGUAUCCUGUGCGGCUGAUUCAGUCCUAUGACACUGUUGGUCUCCCUGCUAGUGCACGCAACCGAGUACGCUGGUGGGUGGUCUGGUGGCGCGGUUGCAGAUUCCCAUUAAGUUUGGGAUCACCUCCUGGUGAUGUUGAGCAAGGAGAUCUCAUGGAUGAACUUUGGCAGGACCAAGCUAAGAGGCGUGAGAUUCGCCUCGGAGAAUGGAUCCACUCUUGGGAUACUCCUCGCGAAGAAGACUUGAUUCAAAACUUUAUGUCAGCGGAAGUAUCAAAAGAACUGGACGACAUUCUACUACCACAUAUUGCUUCGCUUCAGAAGCUCCUUGACAGUCCAGACUUGAACCAAUAUGGUGCGGAGGCAUACCCCGUGAUAGACUACAUCUUGCGAUCGAGGAAGAAGCCAGAUGGUGUGGGUGCAUACAGCAUACCAUUUUGUGGUGACAUCUCUUCUCAUGAGUAUGCCAAAAUUGCACGUUGGUUCUCGGAGAAUGUUCCUGGUGCUUCCGGUCAAGUCGAAAAAUGGCUUGGUGGCAUGCCUUUGGUGCAUGCUUUCACUCUCGUGGUUGCUCAUCGAAAGGCCAGUGAUUUCGAAAAACGCAUUGAAGCUCGAAACGAAGAAUGGAACGAUAGCAUGCUGUUGAAGAUGGCUUGGGCUGAUCUCAUGAUAAGCUAUCCUACCAAUAGCUUCGUGGCUGACGUCGACCUUGAGUGUCUGACCGCACUAGAAGCAAGGAUGUUCGAGGAUUCCGAAGAAGCAGGACCUGCAGGCAACCAGCAGUGGGGUUUGGAUGCUGGCCAACAUCACAGGCGAUGGAAUGUGUAUCUCGGAAUUCCUGAUGAAUGGGUUUCUGCAAGAGAUUAUAGCGAAAGUGAACUUGAACGGCCCCUUAUUCAGUGAUAACUCUGAUGCUACAUCUGUGGAGUCUGCAGACGAGCUAUCCGAAGCUGUAGUUCCUUCUCUGCCGGCCGAAGAAUGUCCGCCCGUUAAACGUCGAUGUGCUCCACAGGCUCGAAGGGUCCAGAGA